UUUUUAGCUCGGAUCGAGUUUCCAGCCGUGCGAUUCAGCUGCUGGAGGCUGAACAUCUCGCAGCGAGCCGGACGACAUGUGAGCUGCGCUGGGACGUGCUGAUCAUUACAGGAGGCUGAGGGGACGGAGGCGGCUUUGGGAGCAGAUGGGACGUUGGGAAAGUGCAAAGUCACCGUGAUGCUCUGCCGUUGAUGUGAAAAACAGGAAACAGCUGCAGCUGCAGUCAAGGUGACCUACCAGCAGCUGUUUAUGUCCAGCUGAAGACAUCCGGUCUCCUUCUGCUGGGACUCAGAGGAAGUGAUGCAGCAACAGAAAGCAGGUAGACUCAGAUCAGAGUCCGCCUGCAGCUCUUUCAGGCCGCGGCUCGCCUGCCGCUUGGACCCGGCCGGCGAGGAAGACGCUGAGGCGGGACGUGUCGGGCCGUGAAGGACUCCCACGCCUGGUUCUGCCUGGUUCUGCCUGGUUCUGCCUGACGUGUGACGGGACGUCCGGGUCGGCGUUGUGAAACGGUUCUGUGGUCUGACCCUCCUGAGCUGCACAGGAAGCGUGACCCGGCUGUUGCUCUGUGGCUUCCUCGGCGGCGCCGUCAUGGAGACCCGGUCUGACCCGGCUGCAGCGGCGCCGCUUGUUUCUGGUUGGUGACUCCGAGCGGAACCAUGACCACGUCUUCUCCGGUCAGAGCGGAGCGGUUCUGUCUGGCUCGGCCCAUCCCCGUGCCGACGCUCACCGUCCUGCCGCCGUCCUCCGACACCGAGUCCUGGUCCCGCUCCCCCAGCCCCAGACCGCCUCGCUCCGGACCCCCGGGCCGGGCUCACCGCAGCCGCACCAGAACCAAGAGACGGGUCCAGCAAGGCGGCGCUCCUCCGCCGGACUGGAACCAAACGCCACAGAUUGUGGUGGAGGAUUCUGCUGAGAGAGGUCCGGCCCGCCGGCGGAGCCCCUCUCCCUCGGCGCCGGUCCAGACGGAGGGGCCCGGCGGGGACAGUCCUUCUCGGGACCUCCUCCUGCCGCCGUCUCGCUCCUGGUCCGGCAGCCCGUCGCCCAGCCGGCGGUCCCGCUGGUCGCUGCGCAGCCUGCUGAGCAGAGACUCGGACCUGGACAGCUGCAGCACGGCCAGUAACUCUCCACGCAGCACCCCCGGCAGCUCGCCCUCCCUGCGGCGGAGGGUCCUUGGCGGAGGCAAGGCCGGCGAGAACGAGGGGGGCGGAGAGAAGAGCGGAGGAGGUUCUGACAGCCCGCUGCCCUCCGUGCCCUCCGCCUCCUCCCUGUCCUCGGCCUACCCGCUGGCCUCACGCCACUUCAGCCGCAAUGCCAAGAAAAUGCAGAGCUGGUACAACGUCCUCAGUCCAACGUACAAACAGCGCAACGAAGAUUUCCGUAAAAUCUUCAAGAAGCUGCCCGACACAGAGCGGCUUAUAGUGGACUACUCGUGUGCUCUGCAGAAGGACAUCCUGCUCCAGGGACGCCUCUAUCUGUCAGAGAACUGGCUCUGCUUCUACAGCAACAUCUUCCGCUGGGAAACCACCAUCACCAUCCAGCUGAAAGACGUGACGUCUAUGACCAAGGAGAAGACGGCCAAGCUCAUCCCCAACGCCAUCCAGAUCAGCACCGAGAACGAAAAGCAUUUCUUCACGUCGUUCGGGGCGAGGGAGCGCAGCUUCAUGAUGAUCUUCCGCCUGUGGCAGAACGCGCUGCUGGACAAGUCUCUGUCGCCUAAGGAGCUGUGGCACAUCGUGCACCAGUGCUACGGCACCGAGCUGGGCCUGACCAGCGAGGACGACGACUACGUCUCUCCCACCAGCGAACACAUGAACGGCCUGCUCCCCGGAGACGAGUCGGUGUCGGUGACGGACCUGCUGGACCUGAGCACGGUGUCGGCGCCGUCCGCCGGCAGCUCGCCGCCUCCGGUGCCGGUCCACUGCAGCCUGACGAGUCCGGCGUCGGCCCCGGUCCUCAGCGCCGCCUUCCUGCCCUCGCUGGCCUCCUGUCCGCCCAUAGAGGUGCCGUCCUCCUCAGGCAGCAGGCUGGGCUCAGAACCCGGGGAGCCCAGCCCGCCCAGCUCCACCGGGUCGGUACCGGCCGUCACCCCCACCAUCCCCGCCUCGCUGUCUGCGGCGGCGUCCUUCACGCUGGAGGAAGGAGGCGACAGCCAGUCCGAGUCGACCAAUCACAUGCCGCCCCCGUCAGCCGCCAGCCUGGGAAACCUCUCCUCAUUGGACAUCACCAACGACGAGGAGCUGCCCACCGACGCCAGCAACUCGUCCGACACGCAGGAGGAGACUUCAGGUGAGGUGGAGGCGUUCUGCGCCGACCUGAGCGGGCGCCUCAACAUCAACGCGGUGGUGAGGAUGAGCGUGGACAAGCUGCACGACCUGCUCUUCUCCGCAGACACACACUUCCUCCAGCACCUGUUCUCCCAGAGACACUUCACCGACCUGUCGGUGGGCGAGUGGCAGCAGGACGUCGGCAGCGGGACCACCAGCCGGGUGCUGAGCUACACCAUCGCCCUCAACAACCCGCUGGGCCCUAAGACCGCCCCUGUGGUCGAGACGCAGACGCUGCAUCAGAGCUGCUCCCGGGGCGAAUGCUACGUGGUGGACUCAGAGGUCAUCACCUCAGGGAUCCCCUACCAGGACUACUUCUACACCGUCCACAGAUACUGCCUGACCUCCAUCAGCAAACACAAGAGCCGCCUCAGAGUUUCCUCAGACAUCUGCUACAGGAAGCAGCCGUGGAGUCUGGUCAAAACGCUGAUCGAGAAGAACACCUGGAGCGGCAUCGAGGAAUACUACAGGAACAUGGAGAGCGAGGUGUGCAAGCUGGAGACGCUGCUGCAGACCGAGGUUUCCGUGGUGACCACCGGCGACGCCGAGGGCGCCGACGCCGCCAAGACGCCGCCUUCCCUGCGGCGCCGCAAACGCACCUGCUCCCGGCGGCAGAACGAGCGUGAGGGAGGCGGCGCCGAGGCCGGGGAGCGCGGGGACCGAGGAGUCGGAGAGGACCGCAACCGGAGGGAAGCCGGUGCUCAGUACAUGAAGCUGGGGGACCGCGUCCGCGGCGGAGGACACGGCAGCAUCUCCACGGUGGUCCUCAUCGUCAGCUUCAUGAUCUGUAUCAGUCUGGUGGUUCUGGUGGUUCUCAACAUGCUGCUGUUCUACAAGCUGUACGCUCUGGAGCGGGCGGCUCACACACUGGAGAGAUGGCACUCCUACUCUGUCGCUGACAGUCCUCUGCCCCAGACGGCGGGGGAGUGGGCGCAGGUUCUGCACCUCCAGCGGCAGUUUCACCAGGCGCAGCUCAGUAAGUGGCAGCAGAUCCUGCAGUCGUCGGUUUCGCUCCUGGACCAGAUGAAGCAUUCUCUGGAAAAGCUCCACAAGAACAUCGUGGUACCGGAGGGGGAGCCGGAUCCGUCCGCUGACACCCCCACAGAGUCCCUGUCUGACACCUGACCCCCCCCUCAGGUCUGCUGUCUCCAACAUUUCCAAUCAGAACCGGGUCCCCGGUGGGACCCACAGACGAACUACACUACCCACAACUCUCCUGUCCUGACUGACUUGAAGUGGCAUCAGACGCCUUUAGCUUCGCCCAGUGAAGCGUCCAGAACCGCAGCAAUAAGCUGUCCUCCAGCCGGGUCUCCUCUGUAAAUAACGCUCAGAAACAGGCCACUGGUGGGCCCGCCGUUUUCCAGACUCUACUUCCUGACCCCAGCGGUUCCGCCUCAGUAUUUAUUAUUACCUCCGAAGUCUCGUCCUGCUUUGAACACGUCAUGUGAUGGCUGUUCUGCGCUCUGAUUUGCUGUUCUGGACCAAGAGGAGCUUUGUGAGAACGAGGUGCAGCAAUAAUGGAAAUCUUUGCUCUUCGAAUGUUUCACUGAAACUAGUUUAUUAUAAUAAUUAUAAUAAUAGUGAUGAUGAUGAGUGAAGAGCGUGUGCGCCGCCUCCGUUACCUUAUCAGACGUUCCAGCGGUCGUUUUGCUUCCUCCUUCACCUUUUUGUCCCAAUCUUCACAUUUCAGCCGAGUCAGAACAAAAAGGACCAAGCAGAACUUUUCAGGUCCGGACGAACAAAAAGGGAAACAGUAUUUUUUUUUUUCUUUCUCUGUGUGAAAUUAAUCAGAAUUUGCUCGUCUUUUUUGUUUUUUUAUCACAUUUUUCACGUCCUGGUAUAAUUUUCUGUCGUCCAUCAAUCAUCUCACCUUUCUGACUGUUUUUUUUUUGGGUUUUCUCCUCUGAGUGGAGCGGCUGCAGAAGCUCGUUGGCCCUGCUGUGCACGGUCGGCACCGAAGCGAGAGGCGGGUGUAUUUAUUACGGAAGGAUGAGGAGAGAAUGUACUGUAAAAUUGUGAUUGUACAAAAAACAAGAUGGAGAGAAAUGAAAAUCCUAAAACAUGCAACCAAUCGCUCUUAUUUGAGUCUGUGUGCUGUUUUCCUUUUCCUCAUGUGCACCAAUACUGGAAAAAUAGCAGAUUAAAUGUUUAAAUAUUCUAAAUAAAAUUUUAAAUAAA